AUGUCCACUGGUCACACUGCUAGUUUUCGGAUUCGAGAUAUCCAUCCUAGUCAGUAUGGACGUAUUUUCCCAAUUGACAUAUCUGAAGGAAUCAAUGUUGGACUUAUUGGAUCCUUAGCAAUUCAUGCGAGGAUUGGUCAUUGGGGAUCUCUAGAAAGGCUUUAUUAUGAAAUUUCUGAGCGAUCAACUGGGGUACGGAUGCUUUAUUUAUCACCAGGUAGAGAUGAAUACUAUAUGGUAGCGGCAGGAAAUUCUUUAGCCUUAAAUCGGGAUAUUCAGGAAGAACAGGUUGUUCCAGCUCGAUACCGUCAAGAAUUCUUGACUAUUGCAUUGGAACAGGUUCAUCUUCGAAGUAUUUUUCCUUUUCAAUAUUUUUCUAUUGGAGCUUCCUUCAUUCCUUUUAUCGAACAUAAUGAUGCGAAUCGAGCUUUAAUGAGUUCUAAUAUGCAACGUCAAGCAGUUCCUCUUUCUCGCUCCGAGAAAUGCAUUGUUGGAACUAGGUUGGAAUGA